AUGGCGGAGUUGGAUCUCAUGGUUCCAGGGCCCCUACCUGGGGCCGCCGCUCACCCACUGGCCCCCAUCAGUCCAGACUCUGGAUCGGCCAGCCCUGCAGAAGAGGAAGAAGAGGAGGAGGAUCCAGGGGUGCAGGCGGAGGAGCCAGGGGUGCAGGCGGAGGAGUCUGGGGUGCAGGCGGAGGAGCCAGGGGCUCCUGCUGGUGAAGAUGAGCAGGAGAUCCUGUGUGACUUCUGCUUGGGGGACCGCAGGGUGAGGGCAGUGAAGUCCUGUCUGACCUGCAUGGUGAAUUACUGCGAAGAGCACCUGCGGCCGCAUCAGGAGAACAGCCGACUGCACAGCCACCAGCUGACGGAGCCGGUCAGGGACCACCAGGACCUGCACGCCUGCCCCACCCACCGCAGUCCGCUGGUCGCCUUCUGCUGCUCCGAUGGGCAGUGCAUCUGCCAGGAGUGCUGCCAGGACCAGCACAGGGACCACAACACUGUGACCCUGGACAUAGCCCGCAGGGACAAGGAGGCUGAACUUCGCCGCACCGUGUUAGACCUGGAGCAGAAACUCAAGUUGAAUGACAACGCCAUUGCCAGGCUCCAAGCCAACCACAAAUCCGUUUUGGUAUCAGUGUCGGAGGUAAAGGUGGCGGCCGAGGAGCAGUUUGGCGAGCUCCUGGCGGCUGUGCGGAAGGCCCAGACCGACGUGAUGGUCUUCUUGGAGGAGAAGGAGCAAGCGGCUCUGAACCAAGCCAAUGGCAUUAAGACGCACCUAGAGUCCAGGAGCGUGGAGAUGGAGAAGCUCAGACAGGAGCUGGAGAGGCUGGCGACCAUUGGCAGCAACGUUCUGUUUCUGGAGGAGUACGGCAAGUUCAAGAGCUCAGAAGACAGCACCUUCCCCAGCGUUUACAUAGCACUGAAGGAUAAACUCUCGGGCAUCCGCAAGGUCCUCACCGACUCCACCGUGCACUUAAUCCAGCUGCUGGAGAACUACAAGGAGAAGCUCCAGGAGUUCGCUGCGGAAGAGGAGUACGACAUCAGAACUCAGGUGUCUGCCGUCGUUCAGCGCAAGCAUCGGGCCUCCAAACCUGAGCCCAGCACCAGGGAGCAGUUCCUCCUUUAUGCCUUGGACAUCACUUUUGACCCGGACACAGCCCACAGGUAUCUUCGGCUGCAAGACGACAACCGCAAGGUGGCCAACACAGCGCCCUGGGAGCAUCCCUACCCGGACCACCCCAGCAGGUUCCUGCACUGGCGGCAGGUGCUGUCCCAGCAGAGUAUGUACCUGCACAGGUACUAUUUCGAGGUAGAGAUUUCCGGGGCAGGCAGCUACGUGGGCCUGACGUGCAAAGGCAUCGACAGGAAAGGCGAGGAGCGUAACGGUUGCAUUUCUGGAAACAACUUCUCCUGGAGCCUCCACUGGAACGGGAAGGAGUUCACAGCCUGGCACAGUGACACCGAAACGCCCCUCAAAGCCGGCCCCUUCCGGAGGCUCGGCGUCUACGUGGACUUCCCCGGGGGGACCCUGGCCUUCUACGGCGUGGAGUCCGAUGCCAUGACUCGGAUCCACAAGUUUGAGUGCAAGUUCUCCGAGCCGGUCUACGCCGCCUUCUGGCUUUCCAAGAAAGAGAACACCAUCCGCAUUGUGGAUCUGGGAGAGGAACCAGAGAAGGCAGCCCCGGCCUCUGCGGAAGCUGCCCCUUAGAGGCCAGGAGCUGCACGCCUUUCGCUGACCACGACGGCAGGGCCAGAGACGGCAGCCUGCCUGUGCAGCUGGCCUCGGAGAGCUCCAGGCUCUCACCAUGGAAGGUUCUUGGGCUGCUCACGUUGGCGUCAGUUAUCUCUGUCUUUAGGGUCAGUCUUAGAUGCCAAGGUCUCCCCUGCCAUCUUCUGGCAAUAUGCUUCUGUCUGUUCAGGUGAACAGAAUAGUUCACUGCGAAUUUAAAGAAAAUUAAAUAGAUUGCAGAGUAAUCAAGGGGCGGGCACCGUGGCAUAGUAAGCUAAUCCUCGGACGGUGGAGCAGGCAUCUCAUGUGGCC